AUGGAACGAACAGGUGCCAUCGGAGUGCCGCAAGAGCUGAAAACAACAAAUCCAACACAGAGAGGAAAUUAUGAUACCUUUGCCGAGGACUUUCCGAUACGGAUAAAUGGUGAUUCUGGAAACUUUGGAGAGACUAGUCACUACUCAAGAGAGUGGAUGAACAAGAUAACCAGCGAGGAUUUCCGAAAGGAAUAUACUGACCGCUGUUUCAGGGCGGCGUUACGACACAACACACGAACUGAGUCGCCUGGUGCACAGCUAGGUCAUCUGUCUUCGGAAUAUGAAGAUUCUUUACAGACAGCAAAACCCACCAAAUACAAACGACGGAUUAUCACGGCCAUUAUCGUCAGCUGUCUAGUCGUUCUGGGAGCAGCAACGGCAGUUAUCGUUAUUUUUGUAAACAAAUCAAGUAGUACAGUCCUAAAUCUUCGUACAAUUUCAACCACUACUACAACUCCAACCACUACUACAACUCCAACCACAACUCGAACAACUAGUACAACUCCAACCACUAGUACAACUCCAACAACUACUACAACAACAACCACAACUCGAACAAAUAGUACAACUACAACCACUACUACAACUCCAACCACAACUACAACUCCAACAACUACUACAACUCCAACAACUACUACAACUCCAACCACUACUACAACUCCAACAACUACUACAACUCCAACAACUACUACAACUCCAACAACUACUACAACUCCAACCACAACUACAACUCCAACAACUAGUACAACUCCAACAACUACUACAACUACUACAACUCCAACUACUACUACAACUCCAACAACUACUACAACUCCAACAUCUAGUACAACUCCAACAACUACUACAACUACUACAACUCCAACAACAACUACAACUCCAACUACUAGUACAACUCCAAACACUACUACAACUCCAACAACUACUACAACACCAACAACUACUACAACUCCAACAACAACUACAACACCAAAUACUACUAUACCUCAAACAACUACUACAACUCCAACAACAACUACAACUCCAACCACUACUACAACACCAACCACUACUACAACUCCAACAACAACUACAACACCAACCACUACUACAACCCGAACAACUAGUACAACACCAACCACUACUACAACUCCAACCACAACUACAACUCCAACAACUACUACAACACCAACCACUACUACAACUCCAAAAACUACAACUCCAACCACUACUACAACUCCAACAACUACUACAACUCCAACAACAACAACAACUCCAACAACUACUGCAACUUCAACCACUACUACAACUCCCUCGACUACUAGAACUCCAACCACUACUACAAAUCCAACCACUACUACAACACCAACAACUACUACAACACCAACCACUACUACAACUCCAACCACUACUACAACUCCAACAACAACUACAACUCCAACAACUACUACAACCCCAACCACUACUACAACUCCAACCACAACUACAACUCCAACCACUGCUACAAAUCCAACAACUACUACAACUCCAACAACAACUGCAAAUCCGACAACUACUACAACUCCAACCGCUACUACAACUCCAACCACUACUACAACUCCAACCACUACUACAACUCCAUCAACUACUACAACUCCAACCACUACUACAACUCCAACCACUACUACAACUCCAACUACAACUCCAACCACUACAAUAACCCCAACCACUACUUCAACUCCAACCACUACUACAACUCCAACCACAACUACAACCCCAACAACUACUACAACUCCAACGACUACUACAACUCCAACCACUACUACAACCCCAACAACUACUACAACUCCAACCACAACUACAACUCCAACAACUAGUACAACUCCAACCACUACUAUAACUCCAACCACUACUACAACACCAACCACAACUACAACUCCUACCACUACUACAACUCCAACCAUUACUACAACUCCAACAAAAACUACAACUCCAACCACUACUACAACUCCAACAACAACUACAACACCAACCACUACUACAACUCCAACCACUACUACAACCCCAACAACUACUACAACUCCAACCACAACUCUAACUCCAAUCACUAGUACAACUCCAACCACUACUACAACUCCAACAACAACUACAACUCCAACAAAAACUAAAACUCCAACCACUAGUACAACUGCAACCACUACUACAACUCCAACAACAACUACAACUCUAACAACUACUACAACCCCAACAACUACUACAACUCCAACAACAACUACAACUCCAACAACUAGUACAACUCCAACCACAACUACAACUCCAACAACAACUACAACUCCAACCACAACUACAACUCCAACAACAGCUACAACACCAACCACUACUACAACCCCAACAACUAGUACAACACCAACCACUACUACAACUCCAACCACAACUACAACUCCAACAACUACUACAACACCAACCACUACAACAACUACAACUCCAACAACUACUACAACCCCAACCACUACUACAACUCCAACCACAACUACAACUCCAACCACUGCUACAAAUCCAACAACUACUACAACUCCAACAACAACUGCAAAUCCGACAACUACUACAACUCCAACCGCUACUACAACUCCAACCACUACUACAACUCCAACCACUACUACAACUCCAUCAACUACUACAACUCCAACCACUACUACAACUCCAACCACUACUACAACUCCAACUACAACUCCAACCACUACAAUAACCCCAACCACUACUUCAACUCCAACCACUACUACAACUCCAACCACAACUACAACACCAACAACUACUACAACUCCAACGACUACUACAACUCCAACCACUACUACAACCCCAACAACUACUACAACUCCAACCACAACUACAACUCCAACAACUACUACAACUCCAACCACUACUAUAACUCCAACCACUACUACAACUCCAACCACUACUACAACUCCAACAACAACUACAACUCCAACAACUACUACAACCCCAACCACUACUACAACUCCAACCACAACUACAACUCCAACCACUGCUACAAAUCCAACAACUACUACAACUCCAACAACAACUGCAACUCCGACAACUACUACAACUCCAACCGCUACUACAACUCCAACUACUACUACAACUCCAACCACUACUACAACUCCAACCACUACUACAACUCCAACGACAACUACAACUCCAACCACUACUGCAACUUCAACCACUACUACAACACCUACCACUACUGCAACUUCAACCACUACUACAACUCCAACCACAACUACAACACCAACCACUACUACAACUCCAACCACUACUACAACUCCAACCACUACUACAAUUCCAACCACAACUACAACUCCAACCAUUACUACAACCCCAACCACUACUACAACUCCAACCACAACUACAACUCCAACCACUAGUAGAACUCCAACCACUACUACAACUCCAACCACUACUACAACACCAACCACUACUACAACUCCAACCACUACUACAACUCCAACCACUACUACAAUUCCAACCACUACUGCAACUCCAACCACUACUACAACACCAACCACUACUACAACUCCAACAACAACUACAACUCCGACCACUACUACAACCCCAACCACUACUACAACUCCAACAACAACUACAACCCCAACAACUACUAUAACUCGAACCACAACUACAACUCCAACCACUAGUACAACUCCAACCACUACUACAAAUCCAACCACUAGUACAACUCCAAUCACUACUACAAUUCCAACAACAACUACAACACCAACCACUAUUACAAUUUCAACCACUACUACAACUCCAACAACUACUACAACUCCAACCAUUACUACAACUCCAACCACUACUACAACACCAACCACUACUACAACUCCAACCACUACUACAACACCAACCACUACUACAACUCCAACCACUACUACAACACCAACCACUACUACAACUCCAACCACUACUACAACUCCCUCGACUACUAGAACUUCAACCACUACUACAACUCCAACCACUACUACAACACCAACCACUACUACAACUUCAACCACUACUACAACUCCAACAACUACUACAACUCCAACAACAACUGCAACUCCGACCACUACUACAACUCCAACCACUCCAACCACUACUACAACUCCAACUACAACUACAACUCCAACAACUAUAAUAACCCCAACCACUACUACAACUCCAACCACAACUACAACACCAACAACUACUACAACUCCAACGACUACUACAACUCCAACCACUACUACAAUCCAAACGACUACUAGAACUCCAACCACAACUCCAACUCCAACAAGUACUACAACUCCAACAACAACUCCAACUCCAACAACUAGUACAACUCCAACCACAACUACAACUCCAACAACAACUACAACACCAACCACUACUACAACUCCAACAAGUACUACAACUCCAACAACAACUCCAACACCAACCACUAUUACAAUUUCAACCACUACUACAACUCCAACAACUACUACGACUCCAACCAUUACUACAACUCCAACCACUAAUACAACACCAACCACUACUACAACUCCAACCACUACUACAACACCAACCACUACUACAACUCCAACCACUACUACAACUCCCUCGACUACUAGAACUUCAACCACUACUACAAAUCCAACCACUACUACAACACCAACCACUACUACAACACCAACCACUACUACAACUCCAACCACUACUACAACUCCAACCACAACUACAACUCCAACCACUACUACAACUCCAAGAACUACUACAACUCCAACAACAACUGCAACUCCGACAACUACUACAACUCUAACCGCUACUACAACUCCAACUACUACUACAACUCCAACCACUACUACAACUCCAACCACUACUACAACACCAACCACUACUACAACUCCAACCACUACUACAACUCCCUCGACUACUAGAACUUCAACCACUACUACAAAUCCAACCACUACUACAACACCAACCACUACUACAACACCAACCACUACCACAACUCCAACAACUACUACAACACCAACCACUACUACAACUCCAAAAACUACAACUCCAACCACUACUACAACUCCAACAACUACUACAACUCCAACAACAACAACAACUCCAACAACUACUGCAACUUCAACCACUACUACAACUCCCUCGACUACUAGAACUCCAACCACUACGACAAAUCCAACCACUACUACAACACCAACAACUACUACAACACCAACCACUACUACAACUCCAACCACUACUACAACUCCAACAACAACUACAACUCCAACAACUACUACAACCCCAACCACCACUACAACUCCAACCACAACUACAACUCCAACCACUGCUACAAAUCCAACAACUACUACAACUCCAACAACAACUGCAAAUCCGACAACUACUACAACUCCAACCGCUACUACAACUCCAACCACUACUACAACUCCAACCACUACUACAACUCCAUCAACUACUACAACUCCAACCACUACUACAACUCCAACCACUACUACAACUCCAACUACAACUCCAACCACUACAAUAACCCCAACCACUACUUCAACUCCAACCACUACUACAACUCCAACCACAACUACAACACCAACAACUACUACAACUCCAACGACUACUACAACUCCAACCACUACUACAACCCCAACAACUACUACAACUCCAACCACAACUACAACUCCAAAAACUAGUACAACUCCAACCAGUACUAUAACUCCAACCACUACUACAACUCCAACCACUACUACAACUCCAACAACAACUACAACUCCAACAACUACUACAACCCCAACCACUACUACAACUCCAACCACAACUACAACUCCAACCACUGCUACAAAUCCAACAACUACUACAACUCCAACAACAACUGCAAAUCCGACAACUACUACAACUCCAACCGCUACUACAACUCCAACCACUACUACAACUCCAACCACUACUACAACUCCAUCAACUACUACAACUCCAACCACUACUACAACUCCAACCACUACUACAACUCCAACUACAACUCCAACCACUACAAUAACCCCAACCACUACUUCAACUCCAACCACUACUACAACUCCAACCACAACUACAACACCAACAACUACUACAACUCCAACGACUACUACAACUCCAACCACUACUACAACCCCAACAACUACUACAACUCCAACCAUAAAUACAACUCCAACAACUAGUACAACUCCAACCACUACUAUAACUCCAACCACUACUACAACACCAACCACAACUACAACUCCUACCACUACUACAACUCCAACCAUUACUACAACUCCAACAAAAACUACAACUCCAACCACUACUACAACUCCAACAACAACUACAACUACAACCACUACUACAACUCCAACCACUAGUACAACUCCAACCACUACUACAACUCCAACAACAACUACAACACCAACCACUACUACAACUCCAACCACUACUACAACUCCAACCACUACUACAACUCCCUCGACUACUAGAACUUCAACCACUACUACAAAUCCAACCACUACUACAACACUAACCACUACUACAACUCCAACCACUACUACAACUCCAACUACUACUACAACUCCAACCACUACUACAACUCCAACUACAACUACAACUCCAACCACUAUAAUAACCCCAACCACUACUACAACUCCAACCACAACUACAACACCAACAACUACUACAACUCCAACGACUACUACAACUCCAACCGCUACUACAACUCCAACUACUACUACAACUCCAACCACUACUACAACUCCAACUACAACUACAACUCCAACCACUAUAAUAACCCCAACCACUACUACAACUCCAACCACAACUACAACACCAACAACUACUACAACUCCAACGACUACUACAACUCCAACCACUACCACAAUCCAAACGACUACUAGAACUCCAACCACAACUACAACUCCAACAAGUACUACAACUCCAACAACAACUCCAACUCCAACAACUAGUACAACUCCAACCACAACUACAACUCCAACAACAACAACAACACCAACCACUACUACAACUCCAACAAGUACUACAACUCCAACAACAACUCCAACACCAACCACUAUUACAAUUUCAACCACUACUACAACUCCAACAACUACUACGACUCCAACCAUUACUACAACUCCAACCACUAAUACAACACCAACCACUACUACAACUCCAACAACAACUGCAACUCCGACAACUACUACAACUCCAACCGCUACUACAACUCCAACUACUACUACAACUCCAACCACUACUACAACUCCAACCACUACUACAACACCAACCACUACUACAACUCCAACCACUACUACAACUCCCUCGACUACUAGAACUUCAACCACUACUACAAAUCCAACCACUACUACAACACCAACCACUACUACAACACCAACCACUACUACAACUCCAACCACUACUACAACUCCAACCACAAAUACAACUCCAACCACUACUACAACUCCAAGAACUACUACAACUCCAACAACAACUGCAACUCCGACAACUACUACAACUCCAACCGCUACUACAACUCCCUCGACUACUAGAACUUCAACCACUACUACAAAUCCAACCACUACUACAACACCAACCACUACUACAACACCAACCACUACUACAACUCCAACCACUACUACAACUCCAACCACAACUACAACUCCAACCACUACUACAACUCCAAGAACUACUACAACUCCAACAACAACUGCAACUCCGACAACUACUACAACUCCAACCGCUACUACAAUUCCAACCACUACUGCAACUCCAACCACUACUACAACACCAACAACUACAACAACUCCAACAACAACUACAACUCCGACCACUACUACAACACCAACCACUACUACAACUCCAACAACAACUACAACUCCGACCACUACUACAACCCCAACCACUACUACAACUCCAACAACAACUACAACCCCAACAACUACUAUAACUCGAACCACAACUACAACUCCAACCACUAGUACAACUCCAACCACUACUACAAAUCCAACCACUAGUACAACUCCAAUCACUACUACAAUUCCAACAACAACUACAACACCAACCACUAUUACAAUUUCAACCACUACUACAACUCCAACAACUACUACAACUCCAACCAUUACUACAACUCCAACCACUACUACAACACCAACCACUACUACAACUCCAACCACUACUACAACACCAACCACUACUACAAAUCCAACCACUACUACAACACCAACCACUACCACAACUCAAACCACUACUACAACUCCAACAACUACUACAACUCCAACAACAACUGCAACUCCGACCACUACUACAACUCCAACCGCUACUACAACUCCAACUACUACUACAACUCCAACCACUACUACAACUCCAACUACAACUCCAACCACUAUAAUAACCCCAACCACUACUACAACUCCAACCACAACUACAACACCAACAACUACUACAACUCCAACGACUACUACAACUCCAACCACUACUACAAUCCAAACGACUACUAGAACUCCAACCACAACUACAACUCCAACAAGUACUACAACUCCAACAACAACUGCAACUCCAACAACUAGUAUAACUCCAACCACUACUACAACUCCAACCACUACUACAACACCAACCACUACUACAACUCCAACCACUACUACAACUCCAACCACAACUACAACUCCUACCACUACUACAACUCCAACCACUACUACAACUCGUACAACUAGUACAACUCCAACCACAACUACAACUCCAACCACUACUACAACUCCAACGACUACUACAACACCAACCACUACUACAACUCCAACAACUACUACAAAUCCAACAACAACUACAACUCCAACAACAACUACAACUCCAACCACUACUACAACUCCAACAACUAGUACAACUCCAACCACUACUACAACUCCAACAACAAGUACAACUCCAACCACUACUACAACCCCAACCACUACUACAACUCCAACCACUACUACAACUCCAACCACUACUACAUCACCAACCACUACUACAACUCCAACCACUACUGCAACUCCAACCACUACUACAACACCAACCACUACUACAACUCCAACAACAACUACAACUCCGACCACUACUACAACACCAACCACUACUACAACUCCAACAACAACUACAACUCCUACCACUACUACAACUCCAACCACUACUACAACUCGUACAACUAGUACAACUCCAACCACAACUACAACUCCAACCACUACUACAACUCCAACCACUACUACAACUCCAACCACAACUACAACUCCUACCACUACUACAACUCCAACCACUACUACAACUCGUACAACUAGUACAACUCCAACCACAACUACAACUCCAACCACUACUACAACUCCAACGACUACUACAACACCAACCACUACUACAACUCCAACAACUACUACAAAUCCAACAACAACUACAACUCCAACAACAACUACAACUCCAACCACUACUACAACUCCAACAACUAGUACAACUCCAACCACUACUACAACUCCAACAACAAGUACAACUCCAACCACUACUACAACCCCAACCACUACUACAACUCCAACCACUACUACAACUCCAACCACUACUACAUCACCAACCACUACUACAACUCCAACCACUACUGCAACUCAAACCACUACUACAACACCAACCACUACUACAACUCCAACAACAACUACAACUCCGACCACUACUACAACACCAACCACUACUACAACUCCAACAACAACUACAACUCCAACAACUAGUACAACUCCAACCACUACUACAACUCCAACAACAAGUACAACUCCAACCACUACUACAACCCCAACCACUACUACAACUCCAACCACUACUACAACUCCAACCACUACUACAUCACCAACCACUACUACAACUCCAACCACUACUGCAACUCCAACCACUACUACAACACCAACCACUACUACAACUCCAACCACUACUACAACUCCAACCACUACUACAACACCAACCACUACUACAACUCGUACAACUAGUACAACUCCAACCACAACU